AUGGCCGAAAAUAACAAAGCGUUCACAGUGAAGGAAGUUCCUAUCGAGAACACCCGAAGAAUGACGGUUAGGGUCAUUGGCGCUGGGUUCUCGGGAAUUCUGUCUGCCAUCAGGAUACCAGAGAAAAUAAGAAACGUUGAUUUGGUGGUCUACGAGAAGAGUGAUGGGAUAGGGGGCACUUGGUGGUUGAACCGAUACCCAGGGAUCGCUUGUGAUAUCGUCUCACAUUCAUACCAGUAUACAUUUGCACCAAACCCCAAGUGGUCCAAGGUUUACGCACCCGGUCAAGAAAUCCAGGAGUACCUACAGGGCGUAGCCGAGCGGUUCGGUGCAACGAGGUUCAUCAAGACGUCUCAUGAGGUCAAACAUUGCGCCUGGGACUCGAACAAAAAGAAAUGGAUACUCAAAGUUGCAAAGUUACCAUCUGGAGAGGUUUUUGAGGAAGAGACAGACAUACUCAUCACUGCCCGUGGUCAGCUCCACGAGCCUCUCUGGCCAGACAUCCCUGGCCUCGAUACCUUUAAGGGGAAGGUGCUGCAUUCUGCGGAGUGGGACACAUCAUUCGAUUAUCGAAACAAAAAGAUUGGAGUCAUAGGUGUUGGCUCCAGCGCUAUCCAGAUCAUCCCGUCGCUGCAGCACCUGGAUGGGGUAAGGCUCUCGGUAUUUAUGAGGACCAAGACGUGGGUCGCGCCGGGUCUUGGGAACAAAGCGAUGGUCGCGGUGGGAUUCCAAGAGAACACCACUGAAUUCCCCAAGGAGACCCAAGAGCUCUUGGAAAAGGACCCAAAGGCUUGGCUACGAUUUCGCAAAGCGAUCGAAGAUAGCGCCAAUAUCCACAGCGUGAUGCUCCCGGACUCGGACAUGCACCGCGCCGUCCGGCAGGGCAUGUACGACAUGAUGCAGGCCCGACUGGCCAAGAGGCCCGGCCUCUUUGAGCGCCUGGUGGCCGAGUUCUCCCCCGGAUGCAAACGAAUCACGCCAGGCCCGGGGUUCCUGGAGGCUCUGACCGAGGACAACGUUGAGUUGAUCGACGACCGGAUCGCGCGCGUGACCGAGACGGGCGUGGUGCUGGCGUCGGGUCGCGUGCUGGCAGACCUCGACGUGCUCGUGUGCGCGACGGGGUUCCGCACCUCGGUCGCGCCGCUGUUCCCCAUCGUCGGGCGCGACGGAUUGACUCUGGAGCGGCGCUGGAAACCGCGCACGGAGAGCUACCUCUCGGUUGCCCUCGACGGCUUCCCGAACCUGCUCAUGCUGUUCGGGCCCAGUUCGGGAACUGGCUUCGGCAGCCUGGUCGCGAUGCUCGAGGCCGAGUGCGAUUACAUCGUCAAGGUCAUCCGCAAGCUGCAGAGGGAGGACUAUGCCACCAUCGAGCCGAGGGCAGAGCGUGUGCGCGACUUUACCCAGUUCGCCAACGCUUACUUUAGCCGUACCGUACACAGGGAUGACUGCAAGUCUCAGUAUCGCUCCGAGGGUGGCUGGGGCAAGGAGGUAACCGGCCUCUGGCCUGGUUCUCCACACCAUAUGGUCGAGGCGCUGCGCUCACCGAGAUGGGAGGACUUUAUGUUUGAGAGUGCCGAUCCUACUGGAAACUUGCUUCGAUGGUUCGGCAACGGCUGGAGUUUGACUGAAACUGAGGGUGAUCCGUCGUGGUACCUCAACCCGGAAGAGAUUGACUUCCCGGUUGAAGGUGAACCAGAGGAGAAUCAAAGAUACAAGAACCGUCCUUGGUCAUACUGA